AGCUGCUGCUGGACUGCGGCAGCUACCCCGCGGGCUCCAUUCUGUCACCCGCCAUGGCGGUGUGGCAGGGUCCGGCUCUGCUGGUGUCCAAUGACGCGGUGUUCAGUCCCGCGGACUUUGCAAACAUCUCCCGCAUCGGCCAGGACUCCAAGGCCUCCCGCCCCACCUCCAUCGGUCGCUUCGGUCUGGGCUUCAACGCGGUGUACCACUUCACCGACCUGCCCAGCUUCGUGUCCGGGGACUACCUGGUUAUGUUCGACCCGCACGCAAAGUACCUGCCGGGUGUGAGUGCAGCGCAGCCGGGCUUGAAGAUCGCCUUCGCUCGGGCGCAGCUGCUGCAGCAGUUCCCGGACGCCUUCACGCCCUUCACGCACCUGGGUUGCAACAUGAGGGAGCGGUUCAUGGGCACGCUGUUCCGCUUCCCCCUGCGCGGACCCGCUGCCGCCGCCGCCAGCGACAUCAAGAGCACCCCCUGCGGCCCCGGGGAGGUGGAGCAGCUGCUGGAGAGCUUCCGGCGCCAGCUUCCCUCCGCACUGCUCUUCCUGAAGAACGUACGGUCCGUGAGCGCCUACAUCCGCAACCCCCCACCGGCCUCCACUGCCGCCUCGGCAGCAGCAGCAGCCCCCGGCGAGGGCGGUGACUCGCUGCGGCUGCUGUUCCGCGCCACUCGGGAGCUGGCGGAGGGGGAGACGGGGCUGGGGACGGAGGCGGCGGCGGGGCCGGGGCUGCUACAGUCCGCUAUUACUCGCUUCAUCGCGGGAAGCCCCACCGACCCAACCGACCUACCCACCUUCUACAAGCGUCUAGCCACCGCACAGCCCGCCAGCCUGCCGUGCCAAAUGGGCCUCAUGCGACUCACGCUGGAGACGCCGUACGCCGCCAAUGGGGGAGGCAAUGGCGGCGGCAACGGCGGCGGCGACUCGGCGACGGCGGCACUUGUCAGUGGCAGCAGCGCCACCGCCGACGCCGGGACCGCAAGCGCUGCUGCUGCUGCUGCUGUGGCCACAACUGAAACCGCAACGGCGGCGGCGGCGCUAGCGAAGGAACCGCAGCAGCAGCAGCAGCAGGGUUUGGGCAGGGUUUCGGAGCUGUGGCUUGUGUGUAACUCCCUGGGCGGCGGCGCGGCGAGGGAGAUCGCGGUGCGGUCCUUCCGCAGCAGCGGGACCAAGAUGGUCCCAUGGGUCGGUGUGGCGGCGAGGAUGACUGAGGAGCUCGGACCCGACGGCGGACCUGCCGGCGGCAAUGCAUCGCAUGCGUUGGUGGUGAAGAAGGGCUCGGAUGACGGGAGGAUGGUGGGCACUGGCGGUGGUGGCGGUGUGGAGGGUCGCGCCUUCUGCUUCCUGCCGCUGCCCAUCCGUACGGGACUACCGGUGCAUGUCAACGGCUAUUUCGAGUUGUCGAGUAACCGCCGAGACAUAUGGUACGGCGGCGACAUGUCAGGUGCGGGCGCGGCUCGCUCCAGCUGGAACGUGGCGUUGCUGGCGGAUGCGUUGGGGCCGUGCUGGGGCCGGCUGCUGGUGGCGCUGGCGCAGCGGGCGGGACCGGGGGAGCAGCUGUACAGCCUGCUCCCCUCCCUGGACACCCCCGAGCCCUGGUCCCACGCGGUGUCAGCGCUGUACGGCAACCUGCUGCCCGACCUGCCCAUCGUGUGGAGCAGAGGCGGCGCGGGGGGCGGAGGAGGCCGCUGGAUCAGCCCCAGGUCCGCGCUGUUCUCCGACGCCGCAUGCGCUUCCCAGCCGCUGCUGCGAGCCCUGCUGGUAGCCCUGGACCUGCCGCUAGCGUGCAACAUGUCGCCGCAUGUGGAAGCUGCACUGCUACGAGGCACGCCAGGAGCAGCAGCCGUGAGCCCGCAGGCGGUGCGGAGGCACCUGGCGCAGGCACUGCGAGCGGCGGGCGGAGAUGCCUCGGCACUGUCGCUGCGUAUUGCCGAGGCGGCGAAGGCGGCUGCGCUGGAGGUUAGGGUACAACAGCAAGGGAAGGAGGGGAAGAAGGAGGAGGAGAGCGGCCGGCUGCAGUGGCAGCAGGCGGAGAGUGUGGGGUUGUCAGAGGUGGCGAAUGCGGUGUCGGCGCUGUUGCUGUAUUGCUUGUCAGAUGUGGAUGCUGCGAGUGCUGUCAUUGCUCCUGGCGGCAAGCAGCAGCACCAGCACCAGCAGCAACAACAACAGCAGCAGCUAUUGCAGCUACAGCAGGAGCUCGACGGACUACCGUUGCUGCCGCUUGCGGAUGGAACCAUGGGUCGUUUGCAGACCGUGGCUGCGCUCAAGUCGCCGCGAGGCCGGCCCCCAACAGUGCGGCCGGACGUGCACGUGUAUGUGCUGACCCAUGGGUCACUGGAGUUGGAACUCCUCGCCUGCCUGCCCGACAGGUGCCUGGCGCCCGGGCUGCCAGCGCCGCUAGUUGAGCGACUGCAGAAGGUGAUCGACCUGGGCCUCUUCAACCUGCAACGCCUCUCCCCCGCCCUACUUGACAGCGCCCUGCUACCCGCGCUGCUCCCGCCCGGCUGGCAGGGCGCAGCGGAGGUGGAGUGGAGCCCGUCGCCUGCUGAGGCGGUGACAGGCGGGACAGCCCCCGCAUCAGAGGCGUCUCGUACAGCUCAGGGCGCCGCGACCACCGCCACAGCCGCCGCUAGCGCUCCCGGACCCAUGGGUCAGCCGCACCCGCAGGCGCAAGAGCUGCGGUCGUCACCGACGUAUACGCAGCAGCAACAGCAGCAGCAGCAGCCGUCUGCGGAGUGGGUUCGUGCGCUGUGGCGAUGGCUGGCGGACCGACCCGACGUGCUGCGGCUGGGUUCCUGGCCGGUGCUGCCCAUCCAGGGAGGGCGGCUGGGGCGACUGAGUGAGCAGUCGCUGGUGCUUCGCGAGGGCGACUGGACGGAGGGAGUCAGCUCCGCGCUGCUGCGACUGGGAUGUCGGCUGCUGGACUCGGCCCUGCUGACUGCCGCCGUCACCACCGCCGCCACCCCCGCAUUACAGGUCUGUGUGCAGCAGCCUAGUCUGUCAGGCCUGCUGGCGGCCAUCUCAGCUGCCCAGGCGAGGGCCGCGGAAGCCACCACCGCCAACGCCACCACCGCCACUGCUGCUGCUGCUGCUGCUGCUGCUGCUGCUGCUGUGGUCAGUCGAACCAGCCGUGACGGCAGCUCCCCCUCCGCGGCCUCCCCCUCGGCCUCCUCCUGGUCUGCCAGACUGGCUUCGCUGACGGCGGUGGAGCGGCGGCAACUGCGAAGCUACCUGCUGCAGGGGCGCUGGUUCGCGGGCACGGCUCAGUCGCUGUCCGCGGAAGACCUCGAGCUGCUGCGCUCGCUGCCCAUCUACGAGAUCCACCCAGACCCACGGGUCGGCAGUCCUAGCAGCGGCAGUAGCAGCGGCAGCAGCAGCCCUGCUGAGCCUCAAACAGCUGCAGCCACUGCUGUCCCGGAGCAACCGUCGGCCACAACCACAGGCGCACCCACCGCUACUGCUUUAACUGCUACUGAAGUCACCGCUGCUGCUACUGCUGCUGCUACCGGUACCUCAUCCACAGCAGCCGCGGCAACCUGCCUGCAGCACUGCUUCACACCACUUGAUCCGCGCCGCCACCGCCUAGCUCCGCCCGACACCGACCCACGGGUCCUUUCCUCCGCCUUUCUGCGUGCCGACUCGCCCGUCGAAGAAGCCCUGCUGGAGCGCCAGCUGGGGGUGCCGCGGUUGAGCCAUGC